UACGACUGUUUAGAUCCGUCUCUAAACAUUAUAGCUGCGCACAUUUUUGAAGUUUUAUCAUUCAGCGGACUUAUUCCGGGCCAAAGAUGUCUUUGCAUCUGGAGACCACCAUUUAUUACGUUUUGUCAUAUUUUUCAUAACUGGAGUUGACUGCAGGUUAACCGAUGCAGGCUUCCCUCAGCAGACACCGAAACACAGUCUGCUACUCAGUACUGGAGACUAUACGCCGCCACUUAACUCAGGGAUUUAUUCCAGCAGUCCAGUGCUGAAAUGGUGUCUGUUCAGGCUGCCUGUGCGUUGUUAGGCCUCGCACCCCUGUUGGUGUUUGCUGUUCCCCCUAUUUGGACCCAGCCAGAGCAGGUGCACCUCUCCUAUCCAGACAUGCCGGGCUCUAUGGUCGUGACCUGGACCACCUUCAACAAGACAGCCAGCACAGUGGAGUACGGCCUCCUGGGAGGUCAGCUCUUUGAGAUGAGUGCCAACGGUGAAGCUACUCUGUUUGUGGACUCAGGAGAAGAGAAGAGGAAGAUGUUCAUCCACCGAGUCACCCUCGCAGACCUCAAACCUGCUGCGACAUAUGUCUACCACUGUGGCAGUGAUGAAGGCUGGAGUGAUGUGUUCUGGUUCACUGCUCUGAACGACAGCUCCAGUUUCAGUCCCAGGUUUGCUCUGUACGGUGAUCUGGGUAAUGAGAACCCUCAGUCUCUGGCUCGACUGCAAAGGGACACUCAGCUCAGCAUGUACGACGCCAUCCUGCAUAUAGGGGAUUUUGCCUACGAUAUGCAUGAGGACAAUGCCAGGAUUGGAGACGAGUUCAUGAGGCAGGUCCAGUCCAUAGCAGCCUACGUGCCCUACAUGACCUGCCCAGGCAACCACGAAAAUGCAUACAACUUCUCAAACUACAGGAGUCGCUUCAGCAUGCCGGGUCAAACCGAGAGCCUCUGGUACAGCUGGAACCUGGGGUCGGCACACAUCAUCUCCUUCUCCACAGAGGUUUACUUCUACUUGGACUAUGGCCUGGAACUUCUCUUCAAGCAGUAUGAGUGGCUGAGGAAAGACCUGGAGGAGGCCAACAGGCCUGAGAACAGGGCGGUGCGUCCAUGGAUCAUCACCAUGGCACACAGGCCCAUGUACUGCUCUGAUGACGACCAGGACGACUGCACCACGUCUGACUCCUUUGUCCGUCGAGGUCGGAACGACACUAAACCACCAGCUCCGGGUCUAGAGGAUCUAUUUUAUCUCAAUGGGGUGGAUCUGGAGCUGUGGGCACAUGAGCACACGUAUGAGAGACUUUGGCCCGUCUAUGGGGACAAGGUGUGCAAUGGGAGCACACAGCAGCCCUAUGUGAAUCCCAAAGCUCCAGUACACAUCAUCACAGGCUCCGCUGGCUGCAGAGAGAGGACCGACAGGUUCAACCCAAACCCCAAAGACUGGAGCGCCUUCCGCAGCACAGACUACGGCUACAGCCGGAUGCAGGUGGUCAACAGCACCCACAUUUACUUGGAGCAGGUCUCAGAUGACCAGUCUGGCAAAGUGAUUGACAGCAUAUGGGUGGUGAAAGAAAAACACGGCUUCUCUGCCUGGAUAUGAAGACUGUCAUCCUUGGAAUAACAAUCUCCUCACCAAAAACACUUUGAGCUUCACACAAGCACUUUCUUUAUUUGUUUCGCUACAAUUAUGUAGUGAAAAAGAAAACUCAUUUGAUUUUGGACUAAAAAUGGGUUUCCACUGGCCUUCAUCAACUGUAUGAUUGCCUGCUGUGAAUGUAUAAAACCUAACUGUGAUGUGAUCUUCAUGUUUUGUAACCAAAAAUCCUACUUUUGAAUAAAUAGAUUUUUAAAUCUG